CACUAGCCUAUAUAUCUCUGUAUCUAUAGAACCAAAUAUGAAAUCCAGCUGUAGUACUUUGACAGCUUGAAGUUCGUUCGCGUUAGUAAAGAGGGCUCAUGUGUUACAUGCGUAUUAUCCGCUCGUGUUACGUGUAAUUAACAAAAUAAGAACCCUCAACCUAGGAUUUGUAGCACUAGAUAAUUAUUUUGGAAGAUUCAUGAUGAAACUUAUAUAUAUUUACAGAAACCGGGACCAAAUUUUGCCAAAGUAAGGAUAUUCUUGAACGAAUGAAUUAUUUAUAUCAGGCUAGUCAUCUGAUGGCAUUAAAAAACAAGGUGAUAUCAUCUUACUAUGGAAACAUGAUAGUGGGUUGUGCUAGAAAAGCGGUAUUACGUAUGGAACCAGAUUUAAAGAGGAUCUUAUGUAAAUGUUGCCAAACUCCACUUAUACCUGGAGAAACAGCUCGAGUCAGAUUAACUUCAAAGCCUGUUAAAGGCAUUAAAUGGACAUGCUUAACUUGUAUGAAUAUUAAACGAUUUCCCACAAAAAAAGGACAUAAACUGUGGCUCGACGACCCACAGGCAAUAAUUGAGAUUCUAGAUUACACACCGAGAUUGAAAAAGGAAGAUGUUCAACAAACAGACCCACAAAAGAUAUUAACUGACUUGAAAGACAAAGAAUCAAAAUAAAUACUCUGAAAAGCAUUUUGAAAAUACCCAUUAUAAAUCUUGUAUCUCGCGAAAAACUCAAUUAUUUAAUUAUCGACGUGAAAUAAUUUAAGAUAGUUGGUAUACGAAUAUUUUUUAUUAAUGACUUACAUAAAAUAUGUUACAAUAUUACAAUAAAUUUGUAAUUAAUAAACAGAGAGACUUUUGCGCUAA